AUGUCUGACUCAUUCAGAAGCUUCAACAAUAGCUUUCCAAGUACCAGCACUUGGAGCAUCAGUGGUGCUGGUCCCUGGUUGCUAGCCUUCCUGUUGACUAUUAUCAUCCUUGCCACUGUGUGCGGCAACGUGUUGCUCAUUGUGUUGGUUUUUGCCCACCGUUCUUUGCGGUGCACCUCCAACUGCUUUUUAGUGUCCCUGUUUCUAUCGGACCUCAUGGUGGCACUGGUAGUAAUGCCCCCUGCCAUGCUCAAUGUGUUGUGUGGGGCCUGGGUACUGUGGCCAGCCUUCUGCCCCAUCUGGCUCUGCUUUGACGUCAUGUGCUGCAGCGCCUCCAUUCUUAACCUGUGCGUGAUCAGUCUGGACCGCUAUAUUUUCAUCAUCUCACCACUGCGCUACAAACAGAGGAUGACUUUGCCUAGGGCGCUGCUGCUGGUCGGAGCUGCUUGGGGGCUUGCAGCGCUCGCUUCAUUCCUACCUAUCGAAAUGAAGUGGCACAGCUUAGGCCGCUCGAGCGAGCAUCCUUUGGGUCCGGGAGGCGGGAGUACCAACAAUAGCUCUUACUCGGACUUGCUGUAUCCGGCAUCCUCCUUUCAUCUCCACGGUCUUCACUUUCAGUGCCGAUUGAAGGCCACCUUGCCCUUCGCUCUGGUGGCAACUUUGCUCACCUUCUUUCUGCCCUCUAGUGCCAUCUGCUUUACCUAUUGUCGAAUUCUUCUGGCAGCUCGUAGACAAGCCAAAAGGGUCGCAGCCCUGAGCCAUCCACCGCACCCUCAUCCAUCACUCGGGGAACCAUCUCGGCCUCCUUCACUUGGGGAUGGAGAUGAUUGCAGUCACCAGGAUGCCCCAGUACCACAGAAUUUACCACCAUCAGUGAACAGUGAGCGUCACCUAGCUCACAGACAGGGGCGGAGGGCACUGAAGGCCAGUCUGACGCUUGGAGUUCUCCUGGGGCUCUUCUUCUUCACCUGGCUACCUUUUUUCAUCACUAACAUGGCCGAGGCAGUGUGCGACUGUGUCCCCCUGGCACUCUUCGAUGCUAUUACAUGGCUGGGCUACUGCAACAGCACCAUGAAUCCCAUCAUCUACCCGCUCUUCAUGAGGGACUUCAAGCGAGCACUUGGGAAAAUCUUUCCCUGUUCCUCCUCACGGGUGCCAAGACAACUCUCGCCGGCACUGUCCCUGUCCCUCCGCAACUCAGUAGAACCCAACAUCUGCAGCGAUCCCCCAUCCCCUCAGGCUUCAGACACAACACCUCCACCUGCCACCGCCACCGAUGCUGUGAAUUUGCUGGAUGCCGAGCAUGCUGAAAUUGAACUGCCUAUUCUUCUCCCUAAUCAGGUAGUCACGCAAGGUCUCAAUGAGUAA